CACUGAGGCACUGUGGGUAAUGACGACCCGCGCCCGGGGCGCUGCGGGUAGCGCCGCCCCCCCGGCCGCCGGCGUCGCUUAGGCGGGGGAGCGCUGGGGCUCUGAGGGUAUGAAAUGAAGCUCUUGUGGACAACAUGUAGAUGGGUCUUGUUUUUUAUCCAUAAUGCCAUCCUGUGUCUUUUGAUUGGUGUAUUAGUCGAUCUACAUUCAAGGUGAUCAUUGUCAGGUCUUGGUGUGGACCUCCUUGGGUUUAUUUUGUGGGAGACUCUAUGCCUCCUGCAUCUGGAUUUCUCUUUCCUCCCCUAGAUACACUCUGCCAUCUAGGAACGGCACUCAGCUGACCAGGAAUAUGGCCCCAGGGCUCCUGACAACCAGGGAUGAGGCAGUAAUGGCCUUCAGGGAUGUGGCUGUGGCCUUCACCCAGAAGGAGUGGAAGCUACUGAGUUCUGCUCAGAGGACCCUGUAUCGGGACGUAAUGCUGGAGAACUACAGCCACUUGGUGUCGCUGGGAAUUGCCUUUUCCAAACCCAAACUCAUCACACAACUGGAGCAAGGCGAUGAGCCCUGGAGAGAGGAGAACGAAUGUUUUCUGGACCUUUGUCCAGCAGAACCAGGGCCAGAAUUCCAGCCACGUGGCCACUCAUGCCCAGUGACCUUUCCUGGUCCACGGUUCCUCCAACAGUAUGUGCUGUGUGGUCACCUUCCUCGGAUCUUCCCAAGCUCCUACACAGAAAGCCCCAUCCCAAGCUGCUCAAGUGAACAAGCAGAUGAUGGAGAGAGGGAAGGGAGACUCCAGCUGAGUGGGGUUUCCAGGGUGCUCUUCAGACCUGCUCAGGGUCGGCCAGUAGACUGGGUGGAAAUUGAGAGAGUUAGGUGUCCUGAGGAGGCAUCUGAAGCAGCCAUGUGUGGAAAAUACCGACUGGCACUUGGUCCCAAAUCUAGCCUCUUGAACCUCCAGAAGCAUCACGUGUGCCCUGAGUGUGGCAAAGGCUUCUGUCAGAAGUCAGACCUCACCAAGCACCAAAGGACACACUCAGGGGAGAAACCUUACAGCUGUAGGGAAUGUGGGCGAGGCUUUGGCCGAAAGUCCUCCCUCGCCAUCCACCAGAGGAAACACUCAGGGGAGAAGCCUUACAUGUGCGGGGAGUGUGGGCGCCACUUCAGGUACACGUCCUCACUCACCAACCACAAGAGGAUACAUUCCGGGGAGAGGCCCUUUGAAUGUCAGGAAUGUGGGCGAGGCUUUCGCCAAAAGAUCGCCCUCAUCCUGCACCAGAGGACACACUUGCAGGAGAAGCCCUUUGUGUGUCCUGAGUGCGGGAGAGGCUUUUGCCAGAAGGCAUCACUCCUUCAACACCGCAGCUCACAUUCGGGGGAAAAGCCCUUUUUGUGCCUUGAGUGUGGACGUGGCUUCAGGCAGCAGGCGCUGCUCCUCAGUCAUCAAGUCACACACUCCGGGGAGAAGCCUUACGUCUGUGCUGAGUGUGGGCACAGCUUUCGCCAGAAGGUCACCCUCGUCAGACACCAGAGGACACACACGGGGGAGAAGCCUUACCUCUGUCCAGAGUGUGGGCGUGGCUUUAGCCAGAAGGUCUCCCUCAUGGGACACCAGAGAACACACACAGGGGAGAGGCCUUACCUGUGCCCGGAGUGUGGGCGUGGCUUUGGUCAGAAGGUUACCCUCAUCAGACACCAAAGGACGCACACAGGGGAGAGGCCUUACCUGUGUCCAGAGUGUGGGCGCACCUUUGGCUUCAAGUCCCUCCUCACCAGACACCAGAGAACACACUUAGAGGAAGGGGCUGAUGUGUACGGAGUGUGUGAGCAAGGACUCAGCCAGAAGUCUCACAUCACCUCUGACCAGAGAUCACACUCAGGGGGCAAGCCAUGUGUAUGCGGUGAGUGCGGGCGAGGCUUCGGCUUCAGGUCGGCCCUUAUCAGACACCAGCGCACCCACUCAGGAGAGAAGCCGUAUGUGUGCAGGGAGUGCGGCCGGGGCUUUAGCCAGAAGUCUCACCUUCACAGACACAGGAGGACCAAGUCCAGCCAUCGCUUCCCACCUCAAAGCUGUUCUCCUAAUCUUUCCUUUCCUCAUGAGUGUGAAGGUGGCAGGAAGCACUAGGAAAUGUUUCACUUCCCUCAAAUGCAGUAGAGGGAAAAAAUGUAUUCUUUCAGUGCUUGAAAGACAGUCGAUUCAUGGUUUA